AUGGGUGAAGGGCCGGUAGACAUAGUGCUGAUCCCCGGCGGCAUAUCUCACAUCGAGGCAAUGCAUGAUAUGGCGGGUUACACCGUCCUUCCUCCGCCGCCUGGCGACCUUCUCCCGCGUCAUCACCUUCGACAAGCGCGGUCAGGGGCCUGUCCGACAGGAUGUCCGAGGCGCCGUUCGCUCGAAGCGAGCAUGGACGAUGUACGAGCGAUCAUGGAUGAAGUCGGGUCGAGCCGAGCAAUACUUAUUGGCUUCUCCGAAGGCUCAGCGAUGAGCACCUUGUUUUCGGCGACAUACCCCGACCGUGUCUCACGCCUCAUCCUGUUCGGAGCCUUCCCGCGGGGCAGCUAUCAGCCGGCCUCAGUGGAAAACAGGAUUGCGGUGAUGCAGAAGCAUUGGGGCACCGGCGCCUUCGUCAAACGCGCAGUGGCAUCACAGCAGCAGGUGAGCGAGAGCACCAUGGAGGCCUACGGGCGGUUCGAGCGAUUGGCGGCCAGUCCAGGCGCCCAGCGCAACAACAUGCUCGUGAACAGCCGCAUCGAUGUGAGUCCAAUCCUCGGCACGGUCCGCGCGUCCACCUUGGUGCUUCAUCGAAAAGGCGACGCCAUCGUCCCCGUCGAGCAAGGGCGCAUCAUGGCGCAACUCAUUCCUAACGCUAAGUACAUCGAGUAUCCCGAAGGCGACCACGGGUUCUGGAGCGGUGAUACGGAAGCGCUUCUCGGCGACAUCGAGGAGUUCGUCACCGGGCAUCGCGACGGCAGCAACGCUGAUCUCGAACGGGUACUCGCCACGGUCCUGUUCACUGACAUCGCGGGGUCGACCCAGAGCGCAGUGGAGAUGGGCGACCAGAAGUGGCGCCACUUGCUAGAUGAGCACGACCGUCUUGGACGGCGGAUGGUCGAGCGCCACCGAGGCAACCUCGUGAAGACGACGGGAGAUGGUGUUCUCGCUACCUUCGAUGGACCAGGCCGGGCCGUUCGAUGUGCCCUUGCUCUGACAGCGGCGGCGCGGGAGAUAGGCGUGCCUUUGCGGGCAGGUCUUCACACAGGAGAGAUAGAAGUUCGAGGCCACGACGUGGGAGGCAUUGCCGUGCAUGCAGCGGCCCGCGUCAUGGGGCAUUCGCAGCCAGGCGAAGUGCUGGUCUCACGGGUGGUGACGGACCUAGUGGCGGGUGCCGGGCUUGGCUUCUCCGGGCGCGGAUCGCAUGAACUCAAGGGGAUACCGGGGCAGUGGGAGUUGUUCGCGGCCCACCUGUGA